CUUUUAUAUUAUUAUAAAUAAAUAAUUCAACGAUGGCUGAUAAGUCUGCAUCACCAGUUCCAGAAGUUGUUGCUCCAGCAAAAGCUGAAGCAGUGAAAAAAGCAACUACUGCAAAAAGUGCAAAGGCCAAGGCACCAAAGGCACUCAAGGCUCAUCCAAGUACUGCUGAUAUGGUCAAGGCUGCAGUCAAGGAUCUUGCUGAACGUAAUGGAUCAUCACUUCAAGCUAUUAAAAAAUACAUGGCUGCCAAUUAUAAACUUGACACUGAGAAACAUGCAUUGUUCAUCAAGAAAUAUCUCAAGUCUGCUGUAACAUCUGGUGAUCUCAUUCAAACUAAAGGUAAAGGUGCAUCUGGAUCAUUCAAACUUGCUGCAUUGAAAAAAGCAGCAAAGACUGAAUCAAAGCCAAAAAUUGUUAAAAAACCAACAUCACCAAAAAAAGUUAAAGCUGUUAAAAAACCAGCAGCAGCUAAAAAAGCUGAAACAGCAAAAGCCAUUGCCAAGAAAGUUACAGCACCAAAAAAAGCUGUUGCAGCAAAAAAACCAGUUGCUGAAAAGAAAACAACAACAGCUGUUGCAAAAGUUGUCAAACCAAAGGCAUCAAAAAGUCCAAAAGCUAAAAAAGCAACUAAAGCACCAACUGCCAAGCCUAAAUCACCAAAACCAAAAAAGGCUAUUGCUCCAAAAAAAACAGCUAAAGCAGCAGCAGCACCAAAAAAAGUUGCAGCAAAAAAAUAAAUUUAUUCAUCAUACAAAAUGGAUAAAUACUAAAAAAAAAAUCGGCCCUUUUCAGGGCCAU